GUGCGUCCUAGCGUAGAGGGACGGCGUGGGAGGAAUAAAUUUCUCUGUGAUUGGUCGCUACCGGUUUUCAAACCGGAGCUGGCGGCGCGGGGCUGCUCUGCCGUUGGGUGAGGCGUUGAGGGAAGUGGAAGGGCGCCCAGGUGGGGCCCGGCGGACCCCGCGAGGUGAGUGCUGGGGCUGCGAGGCCAGGUGCGUCUGCCGCUGGGUUGUGGCAGGAAGGGAGAGCGUCCGUGUGGAAGAUGGAUACUACAAUGCUGAAUUUGCGGAAUCUGUUUGAGCAGCUUGAACGCCGGGUAGAGAUUCUCAGUGAAGGAAAUGAACUCCAAUUCAUCCAGUUGGCAAAGGACUUUGAGGAUUUCCGUAAAAAGUGGCAGAGAACAGACCAUGAGCUGGGAAAAUACAAAGAUCUUUUGAUGAAAGCGGAGACUGAGCGUAGCGCUCUGGAUGUUAAGCUGAAGCAUGCACGUAAUCAGGUGGAUGUAGAGAUCAAACGGAGACAGCGAGCUGAAGCUGACUGCGAAAAGCUGGAACGACAGAUUCAGCUGAUUCGAGAGAUGCUCAUGUGUGACACAUCUGGCAGCAUUCAACUGAGUGAGGAGCAAAAAUCAGCUCUGGCUUUUCUCAACAGAGGCCAACCAUCCAGCGGCAAUACUGGGAACAAAAGACUGUCAACCAUUGAUGAAUCCGGUUCCAUUUUAUCAGAUAUCAGCUUUGACAAGACUGAUGAAUCACUGGAUUGGGAUUCUUCUUUGGUGAAGACUUUCAAGCUGAAGAAAAGAGAAAAGAGGCGCUCAAAUAGCCGACAGUUCAUUGAUGGUCCCCCCGGACCUGCAAAGAAAACUCGUUCCAUUAGUUCCACAGCAGACCAGGGGAAUGAAUCUAUUGUUGCAAAAACUACAGUGACUGUUCCCAAUGAUGGAGGGCCCAUUGAAGCUGUGUCCACUAUUGAGACUGUGCCAUACUGGACCAGGAGCCAAAGGAAAACAGGUGCUUUACAACCUUGGAACAGUGACUCUACCCUGGGCAGCAGGCAGCUGGAGUCCAGAACUGAGACAGACAGUGCAGGCACGCAGCAAAGUCAUGGAGGGAUGCGCCUGCAUGACUUCGUCUCUAAGACGGUGAUUAAACCUGAAUCCUGUGUUCCAUGUGGAAAGCGGAUAAAAUUUGGUAAGCUGUCUCUGAAGUGUCGAGACUGUCGAGUGGUCUCUCAUCCAGAAUGUCGGGACCGUUGUCCUCUUCCCUGCAUUCCUACCCUGAUAGGAACACCUGUCAAGAUUGGAGAGGGAAUGCUGGAAGAUUUUGUGUCCCAGACUUCUCCAAUGAUCCCUUCCAUUAUUGUCCACUGUGUAAAUGAGAUUGAGCAGAGAGGGCUAACUGAGACAGGACUGUAUAGGAUCUCGGGCUGUGACCGGACAGUAAAAGAACUGAAAGAGAAAUUCCUCAGAAUGAAAACUGUACCCCUUCUCAGCAAAGUGGACGAUAUCCAUGCUGUCUGUAGCCUUCUAAAAGACUUCCUUCGAAACCUCAAAGAACCCCUUCUGACCUUUCGACUAAAUAAAGCCUUCAUGGAAGCAGCAGAAAUCACAGAUGAAGACAACAGCAUAGCUGCCAUGUACCAGGCUGUUGGUGAACUGCCCCAAGCCAACAGGGACACAUUAGCUUUUCUCAUGAUUCACUUGCAGAGAGUGGCUCUGAGUCCACACACUAAAAUGGAUGUUGUCAAUCUGGCUAAAGUCUUUGGCCCUACAAUAGUUGCCCAUGCUGUGCCAAAUCCAGACCCAGUGACAAUGUUACAGGAUACCAGGCGUCAACCCAAGGUGGUAGAGCGCCUGCUUUCAUUGCCCCUGGAAUAUUGGAGUAAGUACAUGAUGGCAGAGCAAGAGAACAUUGACCCCCUGCAUGUCAUUGAAAACACAAACGCCUUUUCAACACCACAGACACCAGAUGUUAAAGUGAGUUUACUGGGACCUGUGACCACUCCUGAGCAUCAGCUUCUCAAGACUCCUUCAUCCAGUUCUCUGUCGCAGAGAGUCCGCUCCACCCUCACCAAGAACACUCCCAGAUUUGGGAGCAAAAGCAAGUCUGCUACCAACCUGGGACGACAAGGCAACUUUUUUGCUUCUCCAAUGCUCAAGUGAGGUCACAUCUGCCUGUUAUUUCCUAGCAGUGACUGACUAUAAGAAAGGACACACCUGUACUCUACUCUGCAGCCUCCUGUACUCAUGACUCCUUUUAGCAUUCUCCAGGCUUUUAAUCAUGUUUAACUGUGCAUGAGGGUUUUAUUAAAACUAUGUGUAUCUCCUUCUCUAGUAACAUAGUAUCAGCACCCUGUGCUGGUCAUUGUUGGGAGCUUUUAGAGGCAGAUCUCCCAAGGGGUUGAAGAGGUAGUAUGGAAUUCAUUGUGAUUCUUUUUGGGGGGCAGGGGUUUGUCCCUUUGGCUUAAAGCCAAACGCCGCUCAUGGAAUGAGCUUUCUCUGUUGUCAUUUAGAACUAAUUUCCACGAGACAGUGGCAGAAACCCUACCUCUCUGAUAAGACUGAUUUGUCUCAGGGUGGGAAGUGGGAGGGCAGGGUAAAGAAGGGGUUGGACAGAUCAUUUAGGAUGGCUCCUUCUGGGAACUUCCCCCAUUAUGAGUUGAGCUAUGACAUGGUGCCUUCAUAAAAAUGUUAAAGACAAAACUAGUGAAGGGAAUAUCCUUAGCUUUAAUUUGAAUUGAUUGGGUCUUAAUAGUGGCAUAGCCCUGUAAAUGUGAUAGUACAACUUAUAUUUAUCUCUGACGGGCCACUGGCUGGAAUUUGGGUUUGACUGGGGUCAAAGCCAGUUUUUUCCUCUAAAGUUAAGUUCAUUCUGAUGCUUGACUCCCCCACCUUGUCCAGCGGAGUUCUACUUCUAAAGGUCAGAAUGCCGUCUAUUUGGCACCUCAGCUAACAAUUUAAAGAGUAGGCUGUAAGGGAAGAUUGUCAAUAUUUCAUGUGGUAAGAAGAGCCACAAUCAUUUGUCUUUGCACUUUGGAUGCUGAAAUUUUCCCGUGGAACGUAGCCACAUCUAGAUAAAUGUAAGCUUUAUCUUCUGUUAGAAGUUUUCUCAAUGUCUGUAAAAAUGGUUUGCGUCUAUAGAAUGUUUCUGAUUCAAAUUGACCCUUGCCUAUAAAACACAUAUUUGGAAAAAAGUAAAUAGCUUUUUCAAAAUGAA